GGCGCCGCGGGGCCACACCUGCCGGACCGGGGGCAGCCGUCGCAGGGCGCGGGCGCGGGCGCGGGGGGAAGGAAGGAAACAAGGGACGGUGGGAUGGACAAGGGCAAAGUGAAGAAGAGAGAGAAGGGAAAGGAGACGGAGAAGACCAGGGAAAAGGAAAAGAAAGAGAAAAAGAAGUCGUCGGAGGAGAAAAUUAAGGAAAAAGAAAAGGAGAAGGGGAACGGGGUGGAGGAACGGAGUGCGAGGAAAGCGGAGGAUAAAGAGAAAAAGAGUAAAGAGCAAGUCAAGGAGACGAAGAAAGGGAAGGAAGAAUCUGAGGAGGAAGGGAAGAACAUAAGCACUUGGACGAGGCCCCCGCCUGAACCGCUGGAGAAAAAUAAGCAGAUCCUAGUGCUGGGCCUAGAUGGAGCAGGAAAAACCAGUGUCCUCUACUCUCUAGCUUCAAACAGAGUCCAGCACAGUGUGGCCCCCACCCAAGGUUUCAAUGCAGUUUGCAUCAACAUUGAAGACAGCCAGAUGGAAUUCCUGGAGAUUGGUGGCAGUGAACCUUUCCGUUCCUACUGGGAAACAUACCUGUCCAGGGGUUUGCUGUUGAUCUUUGUGGUGGAUUCAGCAGAUCACAACCGAUUGCCUGAAGCAAAGAAAUACCUUCAUCAACUAAUUGGAGCAAACCCAGUCCUUCCUCUGGUUGUGUUUGCAAACAAACAGGAUCUUGAAACAGCCUAUCACAUUACAGAUAUUCAUGAAGCUUUGGCAUUAUCUGAAGUGGGAAAUGACAGGAAGAUGUUCUUGUUUGGAACCCACCUGACUAAGAAUGGCUCAGAGAUACCCUCCACCAUGCAAGAUGCCAAAGACUUGAUUGCACAGUUGGCUGCAGAAAUACAGUGACCAGGAACAGGCCCACUGUGUGGCUCAUGAUCGAUUUGUCAUCAGAGAGUGUUGAAUGGCAGGCUUAGCCAAAGGCUUCUUUCAAAUAAAAAAUAAGCCAUUUCCUAUUU